CAAAAACCGGAGUCAGCAUCUCUGCGUCCGUUACGCACAGCUGGAGGGACGGUCCGCAGCGGCGAGGGGCCGAGCAGCCGGCGGUACAGUCCUUCCACAGGUUGAAGCUGCCAGCUGUAAAAGAUGAAACACACUGUGUGCACAUGUGUGUGUCUCCUCUCUGACAGUGGUGUCUUCUCGCCACACAACGCUGCUGGAACUAUCAAGGAAUAGCAAUGCAUCUGACAUAGCUUCCUGUUUGGAGUCGAGACCACGAGGGCAAUGAACGUGCACUCGCCUCUGAGGAGGAGACUCAGGCGCAGUCGCGUCCUCUUCUUCAUCUCAGGUGUGCUGCUGUGUUUUGUCUACACUCUGACUCUGAAAGCCAGGCUGUCAGAGCCGCAAGCCGCCGCGCAGACGGAUGACGCUCUCAGAGCAGAGGCGGGUGAUGAUGAUGAUGUUGUGGAGGUCAACAUUCGGGAGGUGAUGGCAUCCAAUGAGACGGAGGAGGAGGUUGUCCCACCUGAGAGCAGCAAACCUCCUCUGGUGAUAACAGUCAACAGGACAGAUAUCGAACAGUGUAUCUACGUAGAUCCUCAGCCCCCCAAACCUCUUCCAACUCCAUCUCCACCGCCAUCAACCACCGCAGCUUCCCCACGUCCCCCGCCCCAGCCCCCUAGCAGGAAGGGUGAGUACCCAGAGGACCUCUUCUCGGUGGAGCAGCGACAACAAGGCUGGGUGUCCCUGCACAUCAUGGGCAUGACCUACAUGUUUGUCGCCUUGGCCAUCGUCUGCGAUGAGUUCUUCGUUCCUGCGCUGGAGGUCAUCACCGUCAAGAUGGAGAUUUCUGACGACGUGGCCGGAGCCACCUUCAUGGCAGCUGGAGGCUCUGCCCCUGAGCUCUUCACCUCCCUGAUCGGUGUCUUCAUCUCCCACAGCAAUGUGGGCAUCGGCACCAUCGUGGGCUCAGCUGUUUUCAACAUCCUGUUUGUGAUCGGCAUGUGUGCCAUUUUCUCCCGGGAGAUGCUGCACCUGACCUGGUGGCCUCUGUUCCGUGACGUGACCUUCUACAUCCUGGACCUUGUCAUGCUCAUCAUCUUCUUCCUGGACAGCGUGAUCCUGUGGUGGGAGAGCAUCUUGCUGGUGAUGGGCUACAUCAGCUACGUGAGCUUCAUGAAGUUCAACAGCCAGAUCGAGCAGGCGGUCAAGACCCAGCUCAACAAGCACAUGAGUAUCGUCAAGGUGUGGACCGCAGAGGAGCCGGAGAAGGACAGUGAAGCUCCACCACCUCCUGCUGCUGCUGCUCCCCCUGCUGCUCCUCCCCCUGCGCCAAAAGCUGAAGAGAAAUCCAAACCAGAACCUGAACCGCCCCCGAGCAGCCCUCAUCGCAGCAAACCACCGUCAGACUCACAGGACGACAAAGCAAGACUCAGGGUACGCCCUGUCCUGCAGCGAGGCGGCAGCUCGGCCUCUCUCCACAACACGUCGCUACGGAGCACCAUCUUCCAGCUGAUGAUCCACACACUGGACCCUCUGGGAGAAGAUGGUGAUCAGAAGCCAAAGUCCGAGCAGGCCGCUGCUGCUGAUCCACCAGGGGGCGCUGCAGCCGAGCCGUCCACCUCACAGCCUCCAAAGACAGAGGAGACCACUGAGAAGACGUCGGACCAGCCGGACCAGCCGGACGAGUCCAAGGCGGCAGCAGCAGCAGAUGGAGGAUCCGACGGCUCAGGGGGCAGCGAUGAAGACGAGAGCGAUGGCGAGGAAAGCAGCGACUCUGGUGAGGGUGAAGGCGAUAACGAUGAGGAUGAUGAUGACGGAAACAAGGAGGAAGAGGAGAAGGAGGAAGCAGAGGAGGAGAAUGAGCCGUUGUCUUUGGAGUGGCCGGAAACCAGACGGAAGCAGGCGACCUACCUGUUCCUGCUGCCCAUCGUGUUCCCGCUGUGGCUCACGCUGCCCGACGUCCGCAACCUGGCGUCCAGGAGAUAUUUUGUCAUGACGUUUAUCGGCUCCAUCCUGUGGAUCGGAGUUUUCUCCUACUUGAUGGUGUGGUGGGCUCAUCAGGUGGGUGAGACCGUCGGCAUCUCAGAGGAAAUCAUGGGCCUGACCAUCCUGGCGGCCGGGACGUCCAUCCCUGACCUGAUCACCAGUGUGAUCGUGGCCCGGAAAGGUCUGGGGGACAUGGCGGUGUCCAGCUCAGUGGGCAGUAACAUCUUUGACAUCACUGUAGGCCUGCCGGUCCCCUGGCUCAUUUACACUCUGCUGAACAACGGCAAGCCGGUAACCGUCAGCUCCAAUGGCUUGUUCUGCGCCAUCGUGCUGCUCUUCCUCAUGCUCAUCUUCGUCAUCGUUUCAAUCGCUGCCUGUCGCUGGAAGAUGAGCCGAAUGUUGGGCCUCACCAUGUUCGUACUGUACUUUGUGUUCCUCGUCCUCAGCGUCCUGCUGGAGGAUCGCGUCCUCGUCUGCCCGGUCUCAAUCUGAGCUGAACGAGGGGCCGAGGCGGAGAGCGAACAGCGCCGGCUGUACAUGACUUAGUACGUCCAGACAGGAUCUGUACUGUACGUAGGAUGUGUUAGAUAUUACCAAGCCCGACAUCAAAAGGCUGACCUGGAUCAGAAUAGACACAGAGUAGAAACACAUAACUAAACGAGCAGUGAUGUGAAAGGAAAAAUCCACCCUCAGCACAGCUUCACACAACUAGUCUGUGAUCUUUAUAAUUUUCCAGCAGCUACUUUGUGGUAACUUUGUGUCAUAUUCUAUAACUACAAGCAUUAUAAAUGUGCACGUACAAACUAUUGACUUUCUACUAUACAGGGAGGAGUGAACGAGGAAAGGAUUUUGGACACUGUCCUGGUGUGCAUAAUUAUCCAGAAUGCAUUUCUGCCGAGAGGGGGUCUGAACUGUGUCGCGUGCACAGAGGUGAUGAGUCUUGAUGAGAAAAAUGUGCUUAUUCUCAUUCACUUUAUCAGGAAAUUCUAAAUAUGCAGACGUUGGUUUCAGGCUCAAAUCCUCGUCACCACAUUAUUUCACUCUGUCUGAUGUGCACCUGUUGUUUUCUAUGUAAGCCUUUUUACACGGCUCAGCAGCUGCUACCAGAGUCGGGGCGGUGAACAUACGUAAUAGGCCUUGGAGUUACUUAAGAGAAUUUGGCUUGAACCAAACUUUCAAAUCCAAGAAAACACAUACAAACUAAAUUUGAGCAGAAACAGCAGUUUUACAUAUAUCACGUAUCAAAUCGAUAUGAAUUUUGUUGGAAAAAUCACCUGUAUUAUCAUCCUGCAUGAGCAAGACUCUAUGUGAUUAUGUUUAGGGUGCAAAAGAAAAUGAAGUGUUCCUCCUUAAUUUUACUAAAAUGUAACUUGCACCCGCAGUGAAUUUGUCUUUGUCCUGUACCCGGGUGUGUGUGAACUUGUCCUUACAACUUUUCUACAAUUCAUUUCUCCUUAUAAGACUUUUGAAUUUGGGUGUAAAAUCACAGCUGUAGAGGAAACCCCUGCUUUUUGAUUUUGGGGAUUUCUGGCACAAAAACACAAACUGUUGUUUCAGAUUGAUGAGACAUUUUCUAACUUCAUUGUAGCUGCUGGAAAUAUGUGGACACGACCUCACUUCGUCUGUAGCUGGUCAGAAAAUAUAAAUAUACACCAAACAAUAAAAUGGUAUCACAGAUGCAAAAUACAACACAUCUCCACUGACUGUUUCAGUUAGCAGUGUCUAACUGUCGUUGGAUUUUUCCUUUUCAUAUUGUGAGCAUAAUGCUUCUGGAGCAUCCCUGAGGUGACUUUAUUAGAUUAAUUAAAUACAUGAUUUCCGUUCCCGCAGUGACAGUGCAGAUUCACUGUGCAGUGAUUUAAAAUCAGUGGAUGCAACUUCAGUUUUGUAUGUUCAGUAUUUUAUGAACUGUAUCCCUAAAACUCUUGUUCCGUAUUCAACCAUUCAAACUAGUGUUUGUUCAUGUUCAGUGUGUAAAAGAGAGUUUUUGUGUGAAACAGUACUUUGUUGCGUCGACAUAACUGUGGUGGAGAGAAACAGUGAUUUGUAUGUGUGUCAGGUAAACGUGUAUCAGACAGGUGUCACAUUGUCAGCUGUUAGUGUCUCGUUAAAUGCUCUUGUUGGAUUGAAGUGGAUGCAAACGUGUAUUAUUGAUAGGAAAACUGUCAAUAUUUCAGAUUAAAAUUCCUUGCUGCAAUAAAUUAUUUUUUUAA